GUGACCUACUCCCUUAUCAGCUGCUUUCAAACACAGAUAUAAAGCGGAAAGCUUUUAUCAUUUACUGCGUAAUUUCAGGGACGACAUUUGUCUAAGUAGCUAUCGGAAUCUUAUAACGAUGGUAUAUGCGUCGUGCCUCAUCCUUGUGGUUAUGGGGCUGGUGACCUCGAAUGCCGAUGUAGAUACGGCCUGGAUGAAUUCUACCCUUCAAAACCACUUCUCUAAGCCCCGGCACCAUGUCACCAACCCGACAUACAAAGCUGCUGCCAGAGACUUCAUCAUGAACGAGUUCAGAAGUUACGGAUUGGAUGUGUACAAUCAGACUUUCAACACAAAUCUUGUGACGGUGAAAGGUGUAAAUCUCAUCGGUAUUUCGAAGGGAAAAGAUUUCAAUACAAGUAAAGAUCAGAUUGUUGGAGUCGCAGCGCAUUACGACACCAUGAAUAACACACCAGGUGUCGACGACAAUGGUGCUGCGGUGGUGGCUAUGCUCCAAACUGCCAAACAUAUGGCCAAGUCCAGGCGAGACUUCACUGUGAUCUUUGUCGCCUUUGACUUUGAAGAAUGGAAAAACCUUACAGAAGAAGCGUGCACAUACCUUAGUUGUGGAAGCAGGAAGUUUGUCAGUGACUGGAUACCAUCCUUCUGGGCCACAGUUCCUGUUCUCAAGGGGUUUAUCGUCAUGGACACCAUUGCAAAUAUACAGGAAAAAACAGAUACCCAAGAACUCCCAGCGGGACUGGAGAAGUUUGCCCCGGGAGUUAACAACAGCGUUAACUCUGAUGGCAAAAGAGGAGACUUCCUCGCCGCAAUUGGGCGUCCCUACGACUCCGACGUCCUUGACGCCUUCGUCACAUCCUACGCCGCCUUGGGUAAAAAUGAGUUCGAGCUUGAGAAGAUCAACAUCAGCGUUCUGACCGACAAGACACUGACACAGCAGCAGUUCCUGAUAUUCAAUGACCUCAUAAGGAGUGACCAUUACUCUUUCUGGAAAAAUGGCAUGAGGGCAAUCUUCUUGACUGACACAGCUAACUUCCGAGGGUAUAUGAAGAAUUGUUACCAUAACUCCUGCGACACUCUCAGCCAAUUCACCCCCAAGAUGUUUCAGUUUCUCGGGAAGACUACCCAAGCUCUGAUUGAUACUGUCAACAAAUUGGCGCCAUCUACCGAUGCAUGUCCCCUGGUGGUCAAGGCAGCGUCAUUAACGACCCUGACAACGCUCUUAUGCAUCGUAUUUGGUUUCGAGGCACAUUUCUGAACGUGUAGCGCUUUCUCGAGACCAAUACUACCCCUUUACAUUUUACAUCGUCGAUUAACUUGAGUAUUAUAUGUCCAUUCUAACAUGAUAAAUAUCAUUCACUGAGCGCAACCAUUAGGUCUGGUUUGAAUAAAACAUCGACAGUUGCAAAAUUUGGUUUCGCUGUAAUGGCGAUAAAACAUGCAAUCUGAUUUGUGCACUUUGCAUAGACAGUUACAUAGUACACAGGGUUUAAGCAUGAUAUCACAACACCUCUCUAAAAAUGAACAAUGUUUUUCUCUCAACAAGACUAACUAUCCGUCCUCAGAGGGAAGCGACCAUAUAAUGUAUUCAAAACAGAAUUACAUAUUUAGAUUACAAUUUUAAAUUUAAAAAUUCGAAUGAAUUAAUGCAACGUUGCAUUAAAUCGACUCUUGCGCCCUCUACCUGUCGAACAUAAUUUCAUGCGAACCCCAUAGACCAACGUCCCGCUCUUUUCGAAUAUCCUACGCAAAAUCUGUCACUGAAACCACUUUUGCAAACGCCGAUAAUACCGCGUGCGACAACUUUCGAUGCAUGGAGCAAUUGUCUACAUUCCAUAUAUGGCAAGUGCUUUCUGUAUUGAAGCUGUUCGCCUCGAAGUUUCAAUUAUCGAUUUUAGGCAAGUCGUAAGGGAUAAUAAGUCUUUUACUGCGCCAAAAGGAAGCUAAAGUGAGUGCAUAUGCCCCAAUAUAUAUGAUAUAGGCCAAAAUAUGGUAAAAGAUGUGUGACAUUGUGUCCUUUAAGUUCAGUAACAGAUCCCCAUCAUUGCAAAACAAUACGUUGAAGUCAAAUCGUAACUCUGUAUAUCCCUGUCUCAUAGACUUAACGCUUGUAAAAUUUUAAUAAACUUGUUACUGAC